AAUGAUUAUUUUUGGGGAAGGCGAGGUAAUCCGAACGUUUUGUUGUGAAAGGAAAAUCAAGAAAAAUCUGAGAUCUAACUUAUUUAUAUUUUAAGCUUUGAUUUUAUUCAUUUUAUCAUUUUACAUAAGAUGGGGUGUGAUGGUGGAACAAUACCAAGACGAGAUGAAUUAGUUAGAACCAAACAGAAACCUGAACAGAAAGAUAAAACAGCUGAUCUUGCAGCAAAAUGGAAGCAUUGUGCAUUGACUCAAGAUCCAUUACGUGAACCUAUAAUGGCUUGUGAGCUUGGAAGGUUGUACAACAAAGAAUCAGCCCUAGAGUUUCUAAUUGACAAAAGCAAGUUUGAAUGUGCCUCAAGUUUUGAGCACCUUCGUGGACUCAAGGACUUGAAGCAGUUGAAGCUGACGGAGAAUCGUAACUUCUCUAAUUCCAAGACAGAGAAAGGUGACAGGUAUAUUGAUACACAAGAUGCCAAGUAUAUAUGUCCUGUUGUUGGACUAGAGAUGAAUGGCGUGCAUAAAUUCUCAUAUAUAUGGAGCUGUGGCUGUGUGUUAUCAGAGAGAGCCCUUAAAGAGCUCAAAGGAAGUGCCUGUCAUAAGUGUGGUGAAUUGUUCACACAGAAUGAUAUAAUACCGUUGAACGGAACAGAGGAGGAGGUUGAUGCUUUACAUGCUCGUAUGACGGAGAAACGAUUACAGCAAAAACUUGAAAAGAAAGCAAAGAAGUCAAAGAAACAGAAAUGUGAAACAGCCACAUCGUCUUCAGCUGCUGAGGCUGACAAUGGACCAAGUACAAGUAAAAAAGCAAAACUUGAUACCUCAGAUUCAAAAUUGACCAAUGGACAUUCUGCAUUAGCCAAUGGCAGUAAAGGGUUAAAGUUCACAUCAGACGCAAAAGAAAAGAUGCCCAAUGAGAGCAUUGCGAGAAAUUUAAAUGAUGAAACAGACUUGUUUAAGAAGGGAAGCAUACAAAAAGACCCCAAAGCGAGUUCAGCUUACAAAUCAUUAUUCACAACCAGUGACAGAGCUAAAAACCAGAUGAAAGGUCAUUGGGUUACCUCAAAUCCUUACUGGAUGUAGAUUAUUUCAUGAAAAUGAGAAAAAUAUGUGUUACUUAAUAUGUUGUAUUAAUUCUAUAACAGUGAGAUGCCUAAAUAUAUGAAUUUAUUACAUGCUUUUCGGUGGUUUAUAGAAAUAUAUCAGUGAUAUAAAACUGGUAAUUUCACUGUUUUGAAUUUAAGCCCCUUACGUUGUUUCAGUGAAAUACCAGCGUGCACAAUACUGGGUACCAACUUAAUGAGGUGACGUCGUAAAUGACGUCACGUUGUAUUAUUAUUUGGCGCGCUUUUCAUUCAGUUUUAGAUUUAAUGUCUUUUUAAAACGUUUCUUUGCAUGUAAUAAAAAGAAAAUUUGUUUAGUUUAGUGUAAGAUUGAAAUAUUUCACCUUGUGAACACCAAAAGUUAAUAUUUCGCUCGUGGCUGCGCCACUCGUGAAAUGUACCUUUUGGUGCUCACUCGGUGAAAUAUAUUCCGAUCUUACACUGAACUAAACAAAUAUCCUCUAUUUAAUUGAAGGAAAAGUAUUAUGAUUCACCUCGUAAUUUUGAUUGAAAUAUAUGUCUGAUGGAUUGUAAACAAAGAAGUUUUAAUCUACAUAAAGAUAUAAUACACAUACAGCAGUAAUAUUUUUUUUGUUAUAAUUGAACUACCGGAAAGAAAAAUAAACACCACAAUGUUUCGAUCUGUAUCCAAAAUAUUUUAUGUUUUCAAGUAUCAAUGCAGAAAAAAAGAAUGUUUUUAAUGUAAGGUUUUAAAAUUGUGUCUUGUUAAAAUGUAAAUAAAUUAUUGAAAGAAAA